UUCCUCGUCAGAAGUAGCAAUUGGAAGAAAUUCAGAACAGUUUAUUUCUCCGUUACAAGCGCAAUACUAUUCACCAACGGUGCCCAGUGCAGGUAAGUCCGCGCAGUUUUCUUCCCUUGUUCAAUUAUUUAUUGUGCGAGUUCGUGCAAAAUCGUAGACAGCCCACGGCUUGAAUGAUUUUUUUGUCAACUAACACGUGGGACGUAAAACUGCUCUUUGUCGUAGCACAUUUCUGUAAUAUUUCGUGCUUACUCGAAGGGGCGAAGUUUGGAAUUAUUGCCGCGCUGCACAUACGUAAUCGCCACUCUGAAACGUUGUGCCACGGUUUGCUGGUUCGUCUGAUAUUAGCUAACUUGCGAAGGAAGCGCAAAUAACAGACCAAAAAUUAAUAUUUUUGAAUUACCGAGCCUGUGGGUUGUACAGAGUUUGUUAGGAACUUGCAUCUUCGUGGCGGUCUGUGUGCCCUAGCUUGUCGCAAAACGAAACGAGCGUGUAUCGUGUAAUGAGGUGGAAUCUGGACUCAGACGAUGUGUAUUCGAUCAUGUUACGUACCUCAUAGCUAAUAGGAGCAAAAGCUAUUUCGCCCUCGUGAGUUCUACGUGACUCAAUGUAAUCUCAAGUUAGAUCGAUUGAAACAACUGUUAUAAUCGAACUCGAGUAAAGUGUUGUAAUUCCCUGUGUUGCAGCGGAACGGGAAAUUUUUAUUUUGGUGGAUUUCGAAAACGUGAAAUCGUUUAAGGGUGAUUCCUUUCAGUAGGAGGACAGACAAUAAAUGCCAAGUCAUGCUUUGAAAGAGCCCUUCACUCGCACAAGUAAUUGUAGGACCAUGUUACAAUGCUCACUCAGUGUUAUUGGUAAUUUUCGUGUGGAUCACGCUAAAACAAGCUCUGUCUGUAUAUGUGGCGCGUUGGUCUCGUCGAGUAUUUUAAGUGAUAUUCAUCACGGCAUACGGAUAUCUCUCCAUGUGUUUCGUUACCGUCAUUGGGGGUUUUUAUCGUUCUCUUCUUUGCCAAGCGUAGGCGAGAAGAAAAACAACACGAGAAAAACUGCAACAGCACGACUUAAACAAGGGCGCGAACGCUUCAAAUUGAGAAGUUGUUACUCCAUUUUCCGAUGCGGUGGUCAGUACGUCCUUUGUAAAUCCACUUCCUCAAGGCGUCGUCCACAUCGAGUUGAAACUGUCGCGGAAAGCAACGAAGAUGUUGAAUCGACAUGCCGAAGUGUAGGGCAAUGCUUACAGACCACGGGAAAAUUAUUGAUACGUUGAUUUUGCACACGAAAUGCAAUCUAGCGCUUUUUGAGCGUUUUGCCUUCUCGCGAAUUCGUCAAGUCGCCAACACGCGAUCUCGCAAUAUUUGCGGCAGAUUGGGCAUUCGAUAUUCUCUCUCCCAUAUUUUGGUAUUUUCGCUAUGUUGUUUGGCCUAAAACUCCCUGUUUUGUUGCUUUGUUUUUAUUGUGAUUGCUAGUUUUGCUAAAAUUGUGUUUUUAAGCGCUGGGCUUUAAUGCGUCUUUGAUUUCUUCGGUGGCCCCUUAUAUUUUUGUCCGUGAUCCGUUCGUGUGUGCUCGCCGAAAAUAGUGUGCCUUCGUUUACUUCAAAGAAAUCUGUGUGUUCCUUCAUCGCUUUCAAGCGGGAAAAUGAACAGCUAUUUGUAAAUACAUUUCGCGGCUCAGUGUUCGUAGGCGAGUCAAGAACGUGUUUUUCAAAUGGAAUCCCUGUUCUCUUACCAUGUUCAAUUUCAACUCGGCCAACAAUAGUUAUUUAAACGGCUCCUUUAUUUCUUCCCCGUUAUUCUACACUUUGUUAACGUUUGAAAUUUUUCGAUUUCAAUGUUUUAACUUUCACGGAAAAAUAUUACUGUAGGGAAAAUAUUCACUGUUUAGCGCAAAAAAACUGGAGAAACCGCAACCAAAUUGAGGUUGGUCGAAUCUGCAUUUAAUACUGGUUGAUCUCGAAACGAGAGACAGUGGUAACCUCUUGGGCGCUCGCGCGACCUCAGGGCGAUCUCUUCUUUGAAUCUGUAUUCGAAGAACCUUUCUUCUUAGGUUUAAAAUACGAGACUUAAUUCACACAGAAAUUGAUUCGGGCGACAAAAAUAUCGAAACUGGAAGCCUUCUUUCACCCUCAUGAUUGUUUGAUAAUGUUUGUUUGAGAUGUCUUUUAUCGACUUGGAAACAGAGUUUUCUUGGAAUUCUGAGCUCGAAUAGCAAAGGCCUUUUACAGUGAGCAGAAAUUUUCAGUGUUGUUGGUGCAUGCCUCGCGUCGCGUGGUCAAAUAACAUGAUUUGAGUCUUGGUAAUUGAAAACCCAGGCAUUUUCAAUUUACUCAUAUAACCAUAACAAAUACCAGACGAUAUAAUGUUGACAUCCGGCCGAAUUCAUUUGCGUCAGUGAAGCCGGUGUCGAAAAAAAAAUAUCUGGAGUUGUCGCGAGAAUUUUAUAUAAAAUCUUGACUUCUGCGCCAAACAAGUUUUUGUGUUACGCACGGUUGAGAGAUGAUGUACUCGCAUAUUAACCCAAGUUGGCUCGUAAUAUUGAACAGAGUCCAUUGUUGCGUUGUAAUUUACAUCUGAUCCGCACGCAUGCUUGCGCAGAAACGAGCAUUGUCACUAUGUUUAAAACAUAAAUAGAAUGUACUCUUAUUGGAAUGCAAAUUUGAGCCACAAACUAUCUCUUCGGGUUCUUUAAUAUUUAGAUAUCACGUUUGUCUUGUUUUGACUUUUACAUGUAAAAAUAUCUUUUUUUUUCCUUUUCCGACCCGAAAAAAGCUCGAUACUACGAAAGUACUGUAAUCGAUUUGAGUGCGCAGUUUAUAAAGACGUUUAAUUCUGUAGAUGUUUCAAACCAGGACAGCUAACUCAAACAAGAAUUCACUGAUGAAGCGAUACCGAAAAGCGCUAAAGCCGAAUUAGUGCGUUACGUCAUAAACGAUAGCGUCGAAUGUUCGAUUUCUCGACUUUUUUCCGGGUUUGCUUUCCUUUCUUUAUUUUCACGUGCUGCAAUCUUGUCUUUGUGGGUUCGCGAAGUGUCGUAUCACUUUAAUGGCUUAGUAACUGAUGAAACACUCGCGACGCACGGCCAAAGAUUUUUUCACGGUUUUAUAAACCGCGAUAAGGUAACAGAAUGAGUUUCCUUCAGUUUUGUAGAUUUAACAAUCUUAUGUUCCCUCUAGCACGGUCGGAAGCAGAGCUAGUUCAGCGUAUGAAGAGCUUUCGAAAGAAAAAUAACGAAACAUUAAUAACUGACAUCUUCUAGCUGUUUGGUUCUCAACGAACGAAAGCGAAAAGCACAUGUCGGAGAGUUGGUAUUCCUUUACUUGAAGCAACAAUUGUUAUGAAAAAAUUCGUUUAUUUGUGACUAAGACACUUAUUUAUUUAUUCAGUCAAGACAAAUACAUUGCUCAAACACACUAGUACAGUCGACCCUUGUGUAGUCUGUGCAUGGAAUGGUUGGACUUUUUUCUAGACAAAAUCGAAUGCUAACACAAAAGAUAGUUAUGUAUAACAGUGAAUCCAUUGAUUUAAUGUUUUUCAGUUGAAUUUUUCGCUUUCUUGCUGUAUACCUUUUCGUCAAAUCGGGAUAUUUUUUAAUUCGACGGCCAUAGCCAUGCGACGCUCGGGAGAAAAAGGUUACAGUUACUGCAAUAAUCGCACGAGAACUUUUAAAUCGGGAAAAACGAUUAAGUUUUUUAAUCUGUAUUUAUAAAGAAUACGGAUUUAACCGAUAAUAAAGAAAUAUUCCGAGUUGCUUAUUUGAAAGGGAAAAAUUGUAAUGAACUUUGUAUAAUGAAUCUUAACUUCUACCGCUCAACAUGUUUGAUGAUGUCAUAUCAGUAUAAAGAUAUAACGUGAGUCUAAGUUGCUUUCAAAAAAAUAUACCCUCAAGACUGUUUCUGGCUCCGCAACGUCUAAUUUUUACGAGUAAACGUUUAAAGAAAAGUAAUGUCAUCCAGAGGAGAUAAAAAAAUAGCUAUUAUAAACGUUGGUUGCUGUGAGAUUUAGUUUUUAAUCAGGUACGUUAAUUAAAACCCUGUUUUAGACAGAUCUGAGAGCUGCAAGUUUCUGGUUGCUAUAGUUAAAAUUUUGAGCAAAUCUGCAUUUAGGUUUUUUUUUAAGUUCAGUUUUUUGGAAUCUAAAGUAAAGAGCCUAGCUGAAAGAGAUGUAAAGAUUUUUAUAUAUUAAGAGACACCUAACCAAAUAUCAUCCCUGCUGUUUAAAAUUUCGGUUUCAUUGUCCCGUCAUGAAUUCAUAACAGAGACAACGUAAAUGAACACAUGUUAUGUAACUUUUUGUCCACCAUAACGUAGAAAACGUUUGUGCAAAACACUAAUAAAAACUACCGUGUAUGUCAUUAAAAGUUUAACGAAGAUAACAAAACCAAAAGUUAUUUAAAAAAGAACUUCCCUACCAAAGUACAGAAAGCACCAGAAAUGCAAAAUAAGAUUUAUUUAUGUAUAUGAGCUAUAUAUUUGACGUGUCAAGCUCGCGCGCGUAUUAAAACAUUAGCUAACACUCUUGGCCUCCUCUCGGCCGAUGUAUAAAACUCUCAAUCCUAAGUUUCGCGAGGUGUUAAUCAAAAUGAAAACAUUUUACCUGGUCUUUGUCGGCUUUUAUAAUCUAUUGACAACAAACUACAGGUACCAAGGCGCCAAUUGGGAUGGGAAUAUUUUCGAAACACAUACAAAAUUGCUACAGCUUCUGAACUAUUUUCUUUGGCACUGUGCAUAUCAUCAGCUGGGAGAUUUUUCAUGUCUGUGUGUGUCCGAGAAAACUAAAAGGGUCACGGAUAUUGCAUGGCUGCGAAAACUGUUGAACGGCUAACGUUGUUUACAAUCCACAAUAGAGUGAAGAGUGGCUCUGCGACCGAUUUGAAUAAAAGAAGAGAUUUACAUAAUAAUUAUCAAACAAGUAUAGUGCGCCCCCGCUUGCAGGCAAUUCUCUAUUUACACGGCUCACACUUUCUCGUGUGUAUUUUAAGUGCCGUUCAAAAGACAAGAAAAAUCUUUUGUCCGUGUUAUUAAAAAACAUGUGUCUUCGGGGAUGUGCUUGAAAGUCAUAACGAAAUCUUCGAUGUGUGCAUUUUGACCUAACUGAAACAAUUUACGAGGCGUUAUCGACGGAAAGUGAAGGUCGGUAUGGCCGGAUUCGACGCUCUCUAAUAACGUCGAAACUUAGCGCUCGGUAUGAGUUUCCCAUACGUUGGCGGGAUGAUCGCGGGACCGGGAAUGGACUCGCGGGCUUUGAACGCGGGAAAUCUCGUUUACCCGUACGGCGGCCCUAUGAUGGGUUUUCCAAACUUCUCUGCUGCUUACGGACAAGGGCAACGCGUGAAAAACAGCGAAGAAGCAACAACGUUGGACAAAACUACCAACUCAUCCUCCCAGUUAAGACCUACAGAGCCACCUUCCCGCUCUGCUAAAGAGCCCAUGCGAACGGAAAGUGUUAUUAAAACAGUAACAGACAAACAGGAAGCCGCAAAGAAACCUAGCGAUCCCGACAAAAGAAAAGCAGCUGACACGCAAAGUUCAAAUGCUCCUUUGAGGUACACCGAUAGAGGAAAAGGAAGCGAACUAAACUCAGACGAUGGAAAGAACAAAGGGUUACCAUUGCGUGACAUUCCACUGCGUGACACUCAAAGCAACGAGGACUUGUCUCGCCGUGACAAACAAUCGGUCGUGGGCGAUUAUGAUAGGACGCGCGAGAAAGUGUCAAAACCGAAAACCUUUGAACAUUUAGGAGUUGAUUCCGGCGGGACUAAAAGGCUCAGUAAUGGACCGCCUCCUCGGAUUGUUGAAAACGGUGCUGUGACGUUUUCCUCGCAGGAAAAAAGCUAUAACACUGAAGCGCGCUCUUCGCCGUACCCCGCAAACGAACCACCAACGCUUAUUGCGUACCACAACACCGUACCUCCUAGAACCUCUUCAAGUACGACGCACUCGAAUGUACCGUCGACGAUGCCCAAACUUACACCUAUUGCGCCGCGCAUAAACAACGGUUCGCCGCUGACCGUACCUUAUUCGUCCGAUGCUGAACGCAAAGGUUUUUCUUCCGGAGCGUGGAGACAAACAUAUUCUUAUCCUUCGAGCUCCGUAUCGUCGGCGCCGUCUGUGACGAGUCACAGCGGUGUUGUUCCUUGGACUACAAAUUAUCCUGGUUAUCCUGGUUAUCCUGGUAAACAACCUCAGGAGGAUAAGGCAGAUGAAAACAAUUGGCGAACUAAACAACCCCCUCGCGAGGAACGCGACCUGAAUAGGACAGGCGGUUAUGAGCAUGCGCAGAAACAUGUUGCGAGAAACUUUUAUCAGCCACCAUGGGAACGAUCGCCAUAUUACGGACCUCGUCCACCCCAGGUACGCGCGGUCGGCAACGACAAGGGUUUUGGCGGGAAAGAUGUUGAAGACGAUCCCCAGGAUGUGUCACGCGAGUCUUCACGCGAGGGUUUGUCGUCCUCCGAGCAGACGCAAGGUAAAGUUACGAAGAGCACGUUCAAAUUCGGUGCUGGACAAGCGAGUUUACGAAAAGAAGCAGAUCUUUCAAGCGCUAAGAUGCCGCUAAGCGCAAGCCACGGGGAGUACCAAAGAAGCCAGUCCUUUGUGAGCAGAAAUGAGAAGUCUGUUAUCGGAGAAUAUGUUAAAGAUUACAACAACAAAAGCGACGACGGAAAAGGAAGUUUGGGUAACGUUAUUGUUCACAGCAAAGAAUUAGGGUCUUACCGACUCUCAGUCGAGAGGCGAGAAGGGAACCAAAAAUACUUGAAGUCGGAAAUGACAAAACCUUUGAGAGUGGAAGAAAACAGACCAGUUGCUGGCAGUUUUAGUAGUUACGAUAGCCGAGAACAGAGCGAGACAACUUUUAUGGGCGUGCCGCGCGCGGAGCUUAGAUCAUCUGCUAAAGAGGAUAAAGAAAAGGAAGGCACUGAUCGCGCGAGGUCCGGUGAGCCCUCGCGCGCUAAAGACCAAACCUCGUACAAAGAACACGCGGUACGAAAACCGGACUCGCGAGAACUUCCAGCGAUGGGCGAUGGCAAAAAGAGUAAUGACCGAAACAAUAACAGUACCGCUUUGAGUGCGUUUCCUUUCUUUAAAUGCAGCAAAGGUGGUUUCACUUCAGUUGCCAACGGAGAGCAAAUGAGAUACGUUGAGCGUGGCGGCGGCGCUGUGAACGAUGAUAAAGUUUUUGUUCCUCCGAAUGCCACAAUCGAGAUGUACGAGAGAAGAGAGCAAGAAAUGGAGAAGAACGGGUUCAAAAAAACCGACUUUAACGCUUUUGCCAGAAACGUGGAAAGUAGUCAUGUGUCAAACUCAGUCGACGAAGGCGCGAAAAGACACGAUGACAGACGAGGUGCGCCGAGACGGGACGAAGUGAAACCGAAGUUGCCAACGGGGCGAUUUGAGAACGAAAUACGGGAUGAAACGGAAGAAAUCAGCUCUGACGAGAAUGAGGAUGCAGCGAGGCAUGGAUCAAGGGAAUCGAUUUCUCCGGAAAAACGAGCUCAGCUUCGACUUCCUCAAUCUUCGGAGAGAACCGUCGUUUCGCCGACGGCUGGCAACGUACGGCAGCGCCGCCUAUCGUCACCCUUAUCUGAGCAGAGAAACGCUGCGUCGUCCAAUCCUUACGGCGCGUCUUUUGGGUCUGGCCCUCAGAGCAGAAGAAUGGCAAGUGAUGGUAGCGAAGGCCAUUCACGGGAUUCUGCUCCAGAAUCUGGGAUGUCUGGUCUAGGAAAUGCAGGUGCCGCCCAGUUUCUAAGAAUGGAUGGCGGUGCAUUCGGCAACCCGUACUUUGCACCGUUGUUUGCGGCGCCCCAAGCUAUCCCGGAUGCCGGGCCGUUUGUAGUGCUCGAUCCGUCGAUUUACGGCGCUAUGUACCGUCCACCCAUGAUGGAGGCCGCCGCCCCACCCGGCAUGUUUCCACCAGGAGCAUUUGCUGCUGCUGAUCCAGUGACGGGCCAAAUUAUGAUGAUUCCUCCUGAGGCUUACAUGCCGAUGGUUGCAGCCGAGAAUGCGGCGUUUAUGAACCCGGCCAUCAUGGAUCCGAGAUAUGCCGGCAUGUGGGGAAUACCUGGAGCCUGGGACGAGACACAGUGGCAACAGUUUUACCAAAUGAUGCAGCCUUCUCAACAACAACAACAUAAACAACAACAGCAACAACAGCAGCAGCAGCAACAACAACAGCAAAUUCACGAACGAAGCAAGCAAUUCCUGUUGGGUAAACAGGGCAGCCAGUUUCCUUUCUCUGCCUAUCCGUUCUACUACAGCGACAAACACUUUGAUCAACAGCAGAAGGACGAGAGUAAAGAUGGAAAGUCUGCAGAUCUGCAACAGAAGGCACGUGAAGUAACGCAAGAACACUCCGAAAGUCAAGCCAAAGAACCUGCGCCGAGACCAAAACCCGAGACAUCCACGUCGCAAGAUCACGUGCAGCGCAUACCUGCAUCACGUGAUAAUGAUAUCGUUCAGCAGCAAGAAACAUCCAGUCAGCGUGAAGAGAAGUCGGCGAUUGACAGCCGCUGGCUGAAAGAAGCCCACCAAAAGCUAACUGAGAGACACAAUGCUGUUCUAGCUCAAUUAGAUGCACAGGUGGGUGCCCAGGGAAAGAUCGCCAAACAGCUUAAAGACUACUUAUCGCGGGAUCCCCUCUCUCAGUUUUCUUUUCCGGGAUCACAAGUCCCUUUUCCCAGGGACAUCCCCAAGGUUAACCUAACUGUUCCCGUGUCUACCACCUCCUCUGGGAUAUCGGAAGUCGGCCGAGACAGCGUGUCUCCAAAGACUGUUUCGGCUGCCGUUACGCUGUCCAGCAUGGAAAAAGCGCGCGGUGAAGAGGCUCAGUGGACCUCAAGGUUAACCCCCCCUGCAAAGAAUGAUACCCAGGUUGUUAGCGGGGGUAACGGCGUCGUGGAUCGGGUGAAGUCUCCUAGCAUGCUGCCUGGCGUGGAGUCAGCGAUUACCAAAGAAAUAGUGGAAACACCCCGAAGACUUGAGGCUCAACCCAACUUGGCUGGCGAGAGGCUCGUCUCACGGGAAUCCCGUGAAGUCCCCGCGGGACAGAUAGCGCUGCAAUUUCCUCAAAAAUUGAUGGCGUUCGGAAAUGUCGCCUCUGAACGUCUAGCUCAAGAGAAACCUGAUCACGAGGCAGAAAGAGAGCGGUUCGAGGGUUCUUUCAGGGCUUACGAGAGGGGACUUCCUGUAAGCUACAACGAAAUAGUGCGUGAUGUUUCUGAGAAAGCCAUGGUGCCGAACUUGGAAAGUCAUUUACCGCGACGGGAACACUCUCAAAGAGUUGACUCCUAUGGAGAGAUGACGAACUCGUUUGUUAAAUCAGACAUUGAACGAUCAGAAAGGGGAUUGCAGCCUGCAAACGUUAGAUUAAGGGAAAACGUGGACUCUUUAGAAGAUAACAGGGGAAAUUUUCAAGCGCUGUCUUCGUACGAAAAACUGUCGCCUCCAGACCAGAUGGGUAGCGAUUCUGAGUUGGAAGAUGACUUUAACACAAAGUGCGAACUUCGUAGAAUAGCCUCGUCUUUUGUCCCUCUUAAAACAGACCUUGAAAACAAGGAAAAUUCCACAAUCUUUUCACUGAGGCCGUUCAGGUCCGAAGCCGAGCGAAAACAAAUCCGAGAAAACAUCGAUCGACUCCGGUCAAUGGCGAAGCGACGGAACAGCAAAGACCGAUUCAUGGUGUUUAGUCGUCGGAAAGAUCUUCGGAGUCCGACGACGAUUUUGAACAGCGUGACGAGUGCUAUCAGUGACGUGGCGGGCGUGGAGUCGGUGGAGAAAGAGAUGCGGAUGAAACUAGCUGAGUUACAGAAGAAAUACAGAGAGAAGGUCAGGGAACUUGCCCGACUGCAGCCCAAGUACGGGGCCGACGAUGGAAACGGCAAAUCGACACCAAUCAAAAGAGGCCCUGGAAGACCCCGGAAGCGGAAGUACUUUGGCGCAAGUUCCAAGGGUGACAAGUCUUCCCCAGGACCCCCAACUAGUUAUGGCAAAGAAGGCGAAGAAAAGCUACCAGUGAGCAGGGCCCAGUCGCCCGAGUUGAACGCUGUCGGGAGUGAGUCGGAGAGCCUGGUAUCCAAGGAAAGCGAGCCGCCCAAGAAAAAGAAGAAAAGGGCCAAACAGAAGAGUCCCGUAGAGCGGGACGAUCGCGGGUCAGCGCCGCCUUCCCGCGGACUCAGUCCCGUGGAGUUUACGGAUUUUCCGGUCCCUGUUGAAAAGAAAAAGAAAUCUCGUAAGCCACCUGGCAUGGAAGAGGAGCCCACUGUAGCACCUUCCAAGAACAAACCCACCAACGUGAAGAAGAAGGGACCUGGUACUGGGAAACGAAGGAAAGGAUCGCCAACAGAAGAUACACUUAACCGACAGACUACCCCAGAGCCACCAGCUGCUAUCAGUGAAAGGUCCGCCAACGACUUUGACAGCAACGCCGAUUUUACGGAGCCGAAGAACACGACCAAGAACGCGAAAGCGAAGAAGCCAAAGCCAAAGAAACGAGCUCGUCCGAAAUUUACCAUCGAGACUUGCGAAGGUUACGACGACGGGAAAGCGGACGACGAGUUACCCCCGGAGAGUGCUGACACGACGUGUGAAACGCCUCGAGUACCAUCGCCGACCAAAGGCAAGAAAACCAAGGGCACCAAAAAGAAGCGAAAGUCCUCCACAACCACUCCUCCCAAAGCAAAAUUCGAAUUCCCAGAAGUGACGUUACAGGACGAUAGUUUCUCCGAAAACAGCAGCGUGUCUCCGAACGAUAUUGCAAAAGAGGUUGUUGCCAUAGAAGCGAGGAAGCAACUGGAAGCGCAGAAGAACAACAGAGAGGUGACGAGUGAUGUUGAUGACGAUGUUUUUUCUCCGAGCCAUGAUGGACGCGAUGGUUUGAGUUUGUUAGCGCAGGCGUCGUUUGCAAGUGUUGAUAAGCCUACGAAACGCAAGAGAUCUGAAGCUGUUUCGCCUUCAGAAGACCUGUCUCAGAAGAAAAGGGGAAGACCCAAGAAAGCCACGGAGUCGCCACCGUUGGAACCAGAUGCCCCAGUAACACAAAAGAAGAAGAAAAAGAAGAAGGUUAUAGAAGAGGAUUCAACGAAAGAGCCCAAAAAGAAGAAAAAGAAGAAGAAGAAGGACAGUGCCCCAAAGGACGAAAGCAUCGAAGAGAGACCCGCGGAAGUACCACUAGAACACCAAGAAACUGUGCCCUCGACUUUCGAAUGUCAUGACGAGUUUGACAAGAAGCUUCCGGAAUCGUCCAUGGCGACUGGAGACAGCGAACAAGAUGAAGAAGUCUUUCGUCCAGUUUCCGAGCAGAGUAAGGAGGUCAGGACAACACAGUCGGGCUCCAGCACUCCGAGGGAGAGUGACGAAUUGAAGGGGAGCGUGUCAUCGUUGCUAAGCGACGAGUGGCAACCGAGAAGGAGUGAGAGAAUCUUCAUCAACAGCAGCGUGACCACCAACUCUAGUUCCAGUCCUCUCUCACCCACUAGCAAGGGAAGUGAGUUCUCUUACAUGAAGAAGACGAAGAGGAUGUCCGUAACCAAGGUGCAGAAAACAAGCAGGUCAGGGUCCCAGGGCGAGGAGGAACUGGGAGAGAGUGACGUCAUACCACAGAAAGCGAAGGCCAAAGCAAAGAAGAAGAAAGGGCCUGGUAAAGGGAAGAAAAGAAACCUUUCUAAUACUGCUGAAUUUGAGGACUACGAAUCAUCUAAACUGUCCAGGAGAGUGCGCUCCAAGUCUCGGCAAACGAUUGACUUUGAUGACGCGGACGAGGAAGAAGCCGACGAGCUUCAAGACGAAGAAGAACAACACGAAGAAGGUGAAACUGACGUGGAAAUCAACGUGACUGACAAGACAGAGUCGACAGACGAACCAGUCGAAGAGCCUAGUGUACAGGUGGCCAGCGCAGAGAGCGGAAAUGACGUAACACCGGAAACAGAAGUAGAGCCAAUAGAAGAAGACCAAAAGGACGAGAAAGGGAAAGUAGAUGUUGAGAUGAAAGAAGACGAGAGAGCGGACGAGAGAAAUGUCAUAGACGAAAUAAGAAAUACAGAAGUGAUUGAGAAACCCGGAGAGGGAGAAGUCAAAAAGGAAUAUGUCAAGAAUGAGGAAAUAAAGGAACAAGAAGAAGCUGUUGUUGAACGUCCCACAUCACCAGUUGACGUCCGUUUCACGUUUCUCGUCGACGAACUAGUAGAAGGCGUCAAACUCUUGCUUCCUGUGGAUUCUGUUUUCUAUCCUGGACGCAUCAGUACAUUCAAUGAACCCGACUUAUUCGGAGUGGUCCUGGAUGGUGAAAGGGGCAGAAGGCCACACUGGAAAUCGACGGAACAACUGCUUGAUCAGGCGGUGAAGGAUAUUCAACCGCCUGGCGACAAGUUUCUUUCCAUUGGAACACGUGUUUGUGCCCACUGGAGUCCUCAAUACAGGUGCUUCUAUCCGGGAACUGUUACAGAAGCUCCACCGGACGAGAAGGAAGUGGAUGGGAAAAUCUGGAUCGAGUUUGACGAUGGAGACAGCGGCUUCUUCCAGCUGAAUGAAAUCAAAAGAAUACAUCCAGACUUUCCUGUUGAAGAUUCGGAGUCCAUUCCCACCCUGCCAGAGAAAAGAUUUCGGUCCAGUUCCCUGGGAGGUGCUACGGCGAGUUCAAGGUUAAGACUAAGAGCAGAGGAAAACACGUCAGAGUUUUCAUCCGGGAACGAGAGUUCUGGCGAGCUUCAUGCGAAGAGACGGAGGCUGAGAGGGAAAAGGAAGAGCAAGGAUGACUCGUGGCUUCCUUCAAAACGCUUGGCUAACACCGCUAAAGAGACUGGUUCAAGUAAAGGAGAAACAUUGAAGAAUAAAACGAAGGAUGCGGAAAAGUGUGACACUGAAAACAUGGGACCUCUCACAAGAGUCAAAGAUAAGAGUCAAAGUGGUAACGAUGGCCAAGAAAGCAAAGUUGCGGAUGCACCAAAACAGAAGGCGAAUAAAGUGCGCGGCAAAACGGAGACGAAAGUAGAGAACAAGGAAGCGGCAUCUAGAACUGUGGAGAACACAAAACAAGACUUGGCUACAGUUGCUUCGGCGGAACUAAAAGAAUGCGAGAAGGAGAUUCAUCUGAGCGACUCGUCCCUCAAAACGGAGGGUUAUGAAAAUAAUUCUAAACAAUCGUCUGAGAAGACGCGCACAGCUAUGGACAAUAACACGGAGUCCUCUGAUCAGGGAGAAGAAAGUGAAGCCACAUCGGAUGUAGAAACGCCUAAACACGAAAAAGGACCUCGGGCUGGAACAAAAGGUUCCUCAAGAACGUCUGAAAAGGACCUCAGAAGGAGGUCCCUUAAUUUGAGCUUAAGUAGCUCGUUUCGUUCUUCACGGGCCGAAGGCGAGAGCCCGACACGUGAUGUUUUGUCUACGUCACAAGACGAGGACAGCGAGUCGUACAGUGACGCUUUUGACGAGAGUCCGCUGGUCGAAAAUAAGUCUUUUCAGCCUCGUUUUGGAAGGAGACGUCGCUCAGAGAUUGAUCGUUUGCAGGUGGACAUGAAAUAUUCAGGGCCUUUGUGGCAGUGGUCGGGGAGAAGUUUCCAAAAUAAAAGGAAAGGAAAAGGAAAGAAAAGUUUCUACAAGUCCAUCGUGAGAGGAGACGAAACGAUUUGUGUUGGUGAUUGCGCAGUUUUCAUGUCCAACCCAACAAAGAACUUGAAUCUCCCGUAUGUUGGUAGAAUCGAGAACAUGUGGGAGGGGUGCGUGGGGAACAUGGUGGUACGAGUCAAGUGGUUUUAUCAUCCGGAAGAAACUAAACCAGGAAGAAGGCCUUCAGAUGGCAAGCAAUCCUUGUAUCGCUCAACCCACGUGGACGAAAACGACGUGCAAACAAUAUCCCACAAAUGUGAGGUGCUCACUCCAGAAGAGUUUAAACGGCGCUCUCAGUCUCUAGAUACACCCGGCACCAGGACCUCGCUGUCAGAUCGCGUGUUCUGCUGCAUCGGUAGCUACGAUCCCAACAGUGAGACUCUUCAGACAGAGCUGUAAUGUGUAUAUAUUACGUGCGUGGUAUACGGAGUAGGUAGUGAUGGUCGUGUUCACAUUGCGUUCUAGUUGGUUGUGUUGGGAAUUAAACCCAUUAGCCGUCACUGGCUGUCUUUCUGGUUGAAAUGAACCAAUCAGAGAUCGGAUGCUUCGAACGCGGGAGGUCGGUGUCCCCGGCAACACAGAAGUUAUUGGUUAUCCCAUGGACAAGAUCAGAAAGCGCCAGAGUUGUGUUACUUGUUGAAAAAUAUUUGAGUUAUGGCGAAGUUGGGUGAUGGACAUAUAGAUACAAGUGUUGCUGAUAGAACUGUCUGCCUCUUGUUAGGGCCUUGAUUAAGAAUAAAUGGGACAAGCAGUUAGACGAAUGCUAGAGAGCUACUAGUCACGCCUUGAGUGGGACAAGCCCAGAUACUGGAAUGACAUCACUAAAAUCACCCUGCUUAGCGAGGAAAAGUUGAAAAUGUAAUGAUCAUCCAAAUUAUUCAUUUUCAAUGUUUCCUUUCUUGUGCUGAAACGAGUCAUAUAACGACGAGACUGGGUUAUGCUCAGUCAGACGAGGGUUUCUGCAUUUCACACGUGAUUUCUCUCAAAUGUUAUCGAUAUAUAUUCCUAAACGUUCUUCACCACUGAUUACCACGUUCGAUUGUUCAGUUUCUUAUGCACGCUUUGUCGGAGUUAAAAAAAUCAUUGUACAUAAUUUUCAUCAUUUAAUUGUCCUCUGCUUCGACUACGAGCAUUGUCUUUCAUUUUGGCAGCUAUUGAACAUGCGCGAGUUCAGAAACAAGAGGGAAAGUCGCGUCCCGCGGGAAUGUUGCGGGUCAUUCCCUCGGGCGAAACUCUCGCUGCGCGUGGCUUCGUAGAAAACGAUUGCUUCGUGCAUGUCACGUGCGCACUCGCAAAUCGCCUUCUCAAACACUCACUUAUUUCGGAUACAUAAUUUUCACACAAACGAAAGAACUAAGUAUUCCCCCUUCACCAUAAGAUUUAAAUGAUAUAUUGUGUGCAACAACAAAAUUCUAAAAUAUUUUUUUAUAAGGAAAGCGUGGAGAUAGCAUGCGGCUUGUAAUGUUUUGUAUUGUAGGUUAAAUGUAAGAAAAGCCGACUCGAUACUUGUAAAUAUGUGUAUAGUACACUCUUCUAAAGAUAUGCUUUUGUAACAUAACUCUACUGGCUCGUGCAGCGAAAUCUCUCGUUUAUAUUAUACAGAGAAAAUAUAAUGAAUAUUUAGUUUUAGGAUAAGAAAUAAAGUUUUAGAUUUUCUAGC